AUGUUUUACUAUCCAAUAGUCCUCCACCGCCAGUCUGGAUGUUUCUCCACAAUUUGGCUAGCAGCCACUAAGGGGAUCAGGGUGAAUCGCAGAGAGCUGCUCAGUGUCAAUGUCAACCAAACAUGCGGCGACAUCUUGAACUACGUGACCGCACAGGUUCCUGCGCCGCAGCCGAACCUGCCGAAGCCGCGGUUCUCCCUGUACCUGUCGUCCCAGCUGCAGUACGGGGUGGUUGUCGUGUACCACCGGCAGUGUGGCUUCCUGCUGGAGGAGAUCCAACAGGUGAUCAGCCGCCUGCUGCGCUUCAAGAACUACGUUCAUAUCGACAUGGCUGAAGCUGACAGGAGGGUGUUGGAUGUUCCCGACCCCCUGUGCAUGAUGGAGGAGGCCGAAGGAGCUCAGGACCCCUUCUUUGGUCUCAUGGGAUCAGAUCAGCUCCCCAGUCCUUAUAAAGUACACCUGGCAGAGUUUGUGAAUGAAGAGCACUCUCUGGUGCCCAGUUAUCACAGCACGCCUGAGGAACAGGGUUUCAGGUCGUCUCCAGCCGCCAUCACCCUGACGGAGAGGGAGCAGUUCGUCAGCAGCGCUGCUGAGCCGUGCUUUGAGGGUGACGACCUUCCCGAAGCCACAGACAGAGACAUCGACCUGCUGCUGGAUCAGCCUGAUCCGUUCGGUCAAGGAGAGGAGGAGAGGACGGGGGAAGCCGAGGGAGCCGGAUCGUUUACCGACCAGCUGAAGGAGACGGAGCUGGGCCGAACGCCGGAGGCUCCUGAGGGCGCUGCCCACCUGGAGAUGACCCCCGUGCAUGUUGCCCUGCCUUCUUCUCCCUCUGGGGUUUUGGGCAAAGACGGACCCGGAACCUCAGCAAGCUCUUCGGAAGAGCUGGCAGUCCGUCCUGCCAGGAAGCCCGCCGGAGGACGCCGGCGCCAGCUGGUCUUCGCGGACCCCGAGGUUCAGAUCUCUGAACGAGCGAUGAGGGGGCAGAUCGAGAACCCGCUGACGGAGACGCUGAAGCUGUCAGAGGUGCAGCUGGACUUCCAGAGUCUGACUUGGCUUACCACUGCAGCUCAGCUCUUCAGCGCCCCCUGUGGAUCCCUCCUCCAUGCCGACCUGCUGUCAUUAUGGAAGCAGCAGGCCUUCAUCACAGUCCUGCACCCAGGAGGACUGGAGGAGGAGGAGGAGGUCGGGGGGGAAUCCGAACAGGACAGAGAAAUCCUGAGAGCGGAGAGGAAGAGGAAGCACUCCGAGAUGAGGGAGAUAUCCAGCGAGUCGGGACUUCAUCCCGCAGACGGCUCAUCUGCAACGAAUAUGAGCCUGGACGUGUCCAAAGAAGAUAAAUCUGUGAGCGAUGUGAUUACUUCAACCAGCAGAUGGUCCCUACUGGAGGAUGUCCAGCCCAUGAUGGAGCCCAUUGCAGAAGAAACGAUCGAGAUGCCCGAGGCCCAGACUGAUGGAGAGGACAGGGAAACUCCCAGCUUGAUGGCCUCCCUCCUUCACACUGGGUCUGGUGAAGUCUCCUUCCACUCCAUGCUGCCCCUGGAGGCCGACCGCUUCACUGCGGCUCACACCUUCUCCAAACUUCUGGAGCUGCUCUCCGCCGGCCAGGUGACGGCUCGUCAGACUGAACCUUACGGUCGCAUCGCGGUGAACCUGGAGGCUGCAGAGUCGCUGUGA